AAGGGAAUUGCCUACUUUCACUUUCGUAUGAAAUUUCGUAUUCUGGAUAAUUUGAAGACUUGAGGGAUGACACACAAGAGGGAUAAGAACGAGAUCUUGGAUGUAGUGAAUUACAAAGAUGGUUGGCUCCGUGAUAUGGUUAAAGAUGUAACAAAGAGAUCGACGGCUCAGCAAGUAGUCAUCGGGGGAGUAUCAGGAUGGGUUUCGGGAUACUUGUUUAUAAAAGUGGGAAAACUUGCAGCCAUUACUUUGGGAACAUCAAUUCUGGUUCUUCAGAUUGCACAGCAUAAGGGAUAUGUGAAGAUUGACUAUUCCUUACUACAGAAAGAUGUAGAGACAGCUAAGAAGGUCUUAGAAAAGCAGGCUAAGGACCAUUACCCAGGAGUUCUGGAAACUCUGAAGAGGUUUUUCAAGAACAACAUAUACCUAGCUGGAAGUUUUACUGGUGGAUUUUUUAUUGGAAUGACCUUUUGACCUUUUGGAUCCUCUUCUCCGGCUUUAUACGCAUUCUAAGCAUGAACAGCUGACACUGGAAGAAUUCACGUGUAAAUAAUCACCCUCUUUGUGACAUUGUUUAUACAUGUACUUUAUUUGAUGGAUCCUUUCAAUCAUGAGUACCUGAUAGAAUUGUAAUGAAAUUAAAACAAAAUUAUCAUGUAGAAAUGUCGUGUUUGACACCAAUCUAUGAAUUUUAUUGGUGUGAGGAUCAGACUGUUACAGGGAUUGUUUGUGUGCUAAAUGUGUCGGGUCGAGCGUAAUAUGUGCGAGAUCAAACAUACUGUAUAGAUUAAACUACUGGGGUAGUCAAAAAUUCUCCAACAAUGGUGUCUGGUUGUUAGAAGACCAGUGAAUUGUAAUUAAUUUUUUUACUGGUUCCCAUGUCUUUAUCAUCUCAUUGUAACUAUUUAUUUACAUCUAUUGAUUUACAUGCAUUUUAUAUCUUUAUUUGUAUAGUUAAUCAAUACUUAUUUGAGUAUAUCAAUUGACAUAAACACCCUUUACGCUUCCACCUAUAGAAUGUAAAUGUUGAGGUGACCACUGAAAUAUACAGCCUGUCUCAUUAGAAUUCUAUGAAAGCAAAAUUCAUGCUGGGGAUUUUUUCUUCUUCAAGUAUUCUUAACUUGUUCUAAUAAUACCCCCCCCCCCCCCCCAGUGGUAUGUAUGAACUUGAGUGUAUGAGUGUACUUAUAACUGGAUUGUAAUGUACUUACUUCAGAUAAUUAAACAGCAGUUAAAUUUUAAUGGGACAUUCCAUGGAGGUUGAUGCUGUAAUUUGCUUUUACAUGUAUAUUAUCUAUUUGAUGAGAAAUAUUGUAAAAAAAAAACAACACACAGCUGGAUCAUAUUGCUCUUUAGUUUGCAGUUUGUUUUGUUAAAACUUAAAAAAAAAAAUACAUCAUCUGUGAUUGAAAUAAAAAUCAAAAACAUU